AUGGCUGAGCCCCGCCAGGAGUUCAACAUGAUGGAGGAUCAUGCUGGGACCUACGGGCUGGGGGACAGGAAGGACCUCCCCUCCCAGGGGGGCUACGCCCUGCUGCAGGACCACGGGGACCACGGCCUGAAAGAGCCUCCCCUGCGGACCCCCACCGGUGACAGAUCUGAACCCGCGGAUGCUAAGAGCACUCUGACCGCCAAAGACGCGACAGCGCCCCUAGCGGAGGAGGGAGCCCCCGGCAAGCCGGCCGCCGCCGCCGCUCAGCCCCACCCGGAGAUCCCAGAAGGAACCACAGCUGAAGAAGCAGGCGUCGGAGACACCCCCAACCUGGAAGACCAAGCGGCUGGACAUGUGACUCAAGCUCGCAUGGUCAGCAAAGGCAGAGACGGGGCCGGAGCCGACGACAAGAAAGUCAAGGGGGCAGAUACUAAACCGGGAACCAAGAUCGCCACGCCCCGGGGAGCGGCCCCUCCAGGCCAGAAAGGCCCGGCCAAUGCCACCAGGAUCCCAGCGAAAACCACGCCGUCCCCAAAGACCCCACCGGGCACGGGCGAACCUGGGAAGUCGGGGGAUCGCAGCGGCUACAGCAGCCCCGGCUCCCCGGGCACCCCCGGCAGCCGCUCCCGCACCCCGUCCCUGCCCACCCCGCCCACCCGGGAGCCCAAGAAGGUGGCCGUGGUCCGCACGCCGCCCAAGUCGCCGUCCUCCGCCAAGAGCCGCCUGCAGACCGCCCCGGUGCCCAUGCCCGACCUCAAGAACGUCCGCUCCAAGAUCGGCUCCACCGAGAACCUGAAGCACCAGCCGGGCGGCGGGAAGGUGCAGAUAAUUAAUAAGAAGCUGGAUCUUAGCAACGUCCAGUCCAAGUGUGGCUCAAAGGAUAAUAUCAAACACGUGCCCGGAGGCGGCAGUGUGCAAAUAGUCUACAAGCCCGUGGACCUGAGCAAGGUGACCUCCAAGUGUGGCUCGUUAGGCAACAUCCAUCACAAGCCAGGAGGCGGCCAGGUGGAGGUCAAAUCCGAGAAGCUGGACUUCAAGGACAGGGUCCAGUCGAAGAUCGGGUCUCUGGACAACAUCACCCACGUCCCGGGGGGCGGGAAUAAAAAGAUCGAAACCCACAAGCUGACCUUCCGUGAGAACGCCAAGGCCAAGACGGACCACGGGGCGGAGAUCGUGUACAAGUCGCCCGCGGUGUCCGGGGACACGUCUCCGCGGCACCUCAGCAACGUGUCCUCCACGGGCAGCAUCGACAUGGCGGACUCGCCCCAGCUCGCCACGCUCGCCGACGAGGUGUCCGCCUCCCUGGCCAAGCAGGGUUUGUGA